GCGAUCGUAACAGUUGGCACUUUUACAUUAUUCGAAGCAGAGUUUAUAAAGUGUAAAUACUAAAUCUCGACCGUGUCCGUUCGCAUAAAUAGUAUACGUUAUUACUCUGACAUAAUUUUCUCUGUUUCCUCGAAGUUUUCCGAAUUCCGUGAUGACAACUACCCACUGCAUUCUCGUCGCGCUGUCGCUGUGCGCGGUGGCUUCGUCCGUCGCCGGUUGUAAGUAUGCCGUCGAGUCGUACACCACCAGCGAUGCCAUGAUCGUCAACGAGGCCGCGUUCAUCGCACAGGUCAGCGCCGAGUGCGAGGAUUCACCGUCCAACCUGUACGCCGAAGUGGAAGGCCGACUUCUGGUAGCGGCCAAUGCUGGUCCGAACAAAUACCAAGUCAGUUGGUUAGACGACUUCAAGAAGGCUCGUCGAGGCGAUUACUAUGUGAAAUUUUAUGAUGAGGCUGGUUACGGUCAACUCAGGAAACUGUUGCGUGAUGGAGAAUCCAUCAGCAGUGUAACGCCUGUACACUCUGCGUACGUCCGUUAUCCCGGAGCUUACAAAGGUGUUUGGGUCAAUUCUGAAUUCCUGGCUGCAAUUGUCAGCAUGGUAGUUUUGUAUUUUGCGUAUACGUUCAAGUCAAAAAUUGUCUCCUAAUUUUAAUAUUAUUUAAGAAUUUGAAAAUAUUUUGUUACAAAGUCUGCUCGGUUUUUAUAUGACUGUUAUUUUUAAUUUUUUUUUUUUAAAUUCAUUAUUUAAAUAUUCUAAAUAAAAUAAGUAUUUGAAUUAAUGUGUUAAAUCAAUAUCAUAAGCUGUCCAAAAUCAGUACCUAUCUAACAUCUAUAGCAAUUAAAUAUGUUAUUAAGUUGUAAGAUAACUUGUAAUUUAGGUACUUUUGCAAUUUUUUUAAUAUAAUGUUUUCUUAGACGAUUGUGUUUUUUGUCCUCUGACAGUAAGUUUGUUGAUUGCCAGAAACUUUUAUGUCCUAAAAUUGUAAUGUCCACUUUAAAUCCAAGUAUUUAUAUAUUGUUUUUAUGGUGUUGUUCAAGCUGUUUUGCAUUAAAAAACAUACCUAAUAAAUUA